GGAGAUCUUCUCUUUCAUUCGGCCGCCUCAGUUUGAAAUACGGGCCAUGACACUUCUGGAUGAGAUUCGGGGCUCAGUUAGAGCCAAAGUGAGAUUUUGCAGUCAGCCAGCCGGGAACUCAAAUCCAAAUGCAGUUUGGCACUUCGAACUAUGUUCUAUCCCAUAGAAUAUAUAUCAUAGUUCUAAAUGUUAUAGUUAGGACCACUAAAACGCCCAUCUCUCGGGAAAAGCUAACCAGCCUAUUAGUAACUAGAAUGGGGGGGCCCCCCCCGCUUACCCCGGGGCCGGCGGCACAGUGCGCAGACGCGGGCCGCGCGGGCCAAUGGGCGGGCGCGCGCGGCGGUGACGCAGAGAGCAGACCGAGCAGGAGCCACUUCCUGGGGCUGCCGGCCGAGGCCGCUAGUUGUCCCGGACUGCACCGGAGGGUGGGCGCCAGGUGCUGACCUCGUCACUAUGUCCCAUCAGACCGGCAUGCAAGCAAGCGAAGACGUUAAAGUUAUCUUUGCCAGGGCGAGGAAUGGGAAAUACAGGCUUCUAAAGAUUUCAAUUGAGGAUGAACAACUUGUAGUUGGAUCUUCUAGUCAGCCUGCAGACACUUGGGAUAAAGAUUAUGAUUCCUUCAUUCUCCCACUGCUAGAAGAGAAGCAACCAUGCUACAUAUUAUUCAGGUUAGAUUCUCAGAAUGCACAAGGAUAUGAAUGGAUCUUCAUUGCAUGGUCUCCAGACUAUUCUCAUGUUCGGCAAAAAAUGUUAUAUGCAGCAACCAGAGCAACUCUGAAAAAGGAGUUUGGAGGUGGUCAUAUUAAAGAUGAAUUAUUUGGGACUUUGAAGGAAGAUGUUUCAUUGAGUGGAUAUAGAAAAUACUUGAUAUCUCAGUCUUCCCCAGCCCCUUUGACUGCAGCUGAGGAAGAAUUACGGCAAAUUAAAAUUAAUGAGGUGCAAACUGAUGUUGGUGUGGACACUAAGCAUCAAACACUACAAGGAGUGGCAUUCCCCAUUACUGGAGAAGCUCUUCAAGCUUUGGAAAAAUUGAAUAACAGACAGAUCAACUAUGUACAGUUGGAAAUAGAUAUAAAAAAUGAAGUUAUAAUUUUGGCCAACACAACAAAUACAGAGCUAAGAGACUUGCCAAAAAGGAUUCCAAAGGAUUCGGCACGUUAUCAUUUCUUUCUAUAUAAACAUUCCCAUGAAGGAGACUAUUUGGAGUCUAUAGUUUUUAUUUACUCAAUGCCUGGUUAUACAUGCAGUAUAAGAGAACGGAUGCUUUAUUCUAGCUGCAAGAGUCCUCUGCUAGAAAUUGUAGCAAGAAAACUACAGAUGGAUGUAAUUAGAAAGAUUGAAAUAGACAAUGGAGAUGAAUUAACUGCAGACUUCCUUUAUGAAGAAGUACAUCCAAAGCAACAUGCACAUAAGCAAAGUUUUGCUAAACCAAAAGGUCCUGCAGGAAAAAGAGGAAUUAGAAGACUAAUUAGGGGUCCAGCUGAAACUGAAGCCACUACUGAGUAAAAUCUAUUACAUGUACUGGUAAUACUAAGUAUUAUAAAAACCAGUUUUUUAAAAGUUUAGUUUUUAGUAUCAGAGGAGGUUAAUCACUACAUAUGAAUGUGGAAUGUUUAGGAAAAAAAUUUAUUAAAAAACAAAACAAAACACAGUAGCACCUCUUACCUAUUUUCAGCAAGACAAACUCUAAAACAUUUAUUUCAAUUUUCACUAUUUCUGUGUUCAACACUAUAAAUGGUAGUCUUUCAGUUUUAGAACAUCAAGUUACAAAUCAACACAUAAUUAGCAUCACCCAAUUUAGUUAGUCUUUGAAUUUUUUACAAUGCUUAAAAUUGCAUAUGAUUAAGCUAAAUUUUAGUUAUUCUUAAUGACAUAAAGAAUAGCCAUUCUAUUCCAACUGUCCUCCAAACAUUCUCCCUAAAACUGGCUAUAUUUUUUAAAAUAUUUUUUCCUCUGAAUUAGAUAUCCAUUUGAUUCACCUUUGAACCUUUAAAAAAAAAAAAAAGAAA